AUGGCGGGGCUGCGGGACCGCCUGCCCCGCCUGCUGCCCGCGCUGCGCGCCCUGCUCUACUGGGCGCUGGUCUACGGCUACUGCGGGCUGUGCGCCGCCGUCCAGCUGCUCAAACUUGUGCGCUGCGUGGUCGGCCAGGGGCCCGCGCAGACCUUCCGCCGCGCGGCCCGCGAGCAGCCCCCCGCGUGCCUGAACGACCCCUCCCUGGGCACCCACUGCUACGUGAGCAUCAAGGAUUCAGGCUUAAGAUUUCAUUAUGUUGCUGCUGGAGAACGAGGCAAACCGCUUAUGCUGCUGCUCCAUGGAUUUCCCGAAUUCUGGUAUUCCUGGCGUCACCAACUGAGAGAAUUUAAAAGUGAAUACAGAGUUGUUGCUCUAGAUUUGAGAGGCUAUGGAGAAACGGAUGCUCCUCUUCAUCAAGAGAAUUAUAAACUGGACUGUCUAAUUACAGAUAUAAAGGAUAUUUUAGACUCCUUAGGAUAUAGCAAAUGUGUUCUCAUUGGCCAUGACUGGGGAGGCAUGAUUGCCUGGCUGAUUGCCAUCUGUUAUCCUGAAAUGGUGACAAAGCUUAUUGUUAUUAACUUCCCUCAUCCAAAUGUAUUUACAGAAUAUAUUUUACGACACCCUGUCCAGAUGUUCAAAUCCAGCUUUUACUACUUCUUCCAAAUACCACGGUUCCCAGAAUUUAUGUUCUCAAUAAAUGAUUUCAAGGCUCUGAAACACCUGUUUACCAGUCAAAGCACCGGCAUUGGAAGAAAAGGCUGUCGAUUAACAACAGAAGAUCUUGAAGCUUAUGUUUAUGUCUUUUCCCAGCCUGGAGCACUGAGUGGUCCCAUUAACCAUUACCGAAGCAUUUUCAGCUGCCUGCCUCUCAAACACCACAUGGUGAGCACUCCAACACUACUGCUAUGGGGAGAGAAUGACGCAUUUAUGGAAGUUGAGAUGGCUGAAGUCACAAAGAUUUAUGUGAAAAACUACUUCAGACUCACUAUUUUGUCAGAAGCCAGCCAUUGGCUUCAGCAAGACCAACCUGACAUAGUGAACAAAUUGAUAUGGACAUUUCUGAAAGAAGAAACAAGAAGAAGAGAGUGACUUUUCUUUAUCUUCUAUGAAGGCUCUAUAAUGAAAUCUCUAAAUACUUUUUAAAAAAUGUUCAUCAGCUUAUGUUUUAUUAGGAAAAAACUUGUUUUACUAUGCUUUUAUCAUAAAUAUAGUGACCAGUGGUAUUAAAAAAAUCUAUGCCUGUUGUGAACAUGUAAUGUGCUGUUUAUUUUCAUUGGUUGUACCUUGCACAGAAAAUUGUCUGCCUUAAAAUACACACACUUGUAUAAAAAGGAAAUUGGGAAAAGUGGCUCCAAUUUGGUUGUUUGCGUUCUUUAUCCUGUUAACAUAUGGUGCCUUUCACAAACACACAAGAAAGAUUAGAUGCCAUAGCAUAAAAGCCAAGUCUGCAGUGAUAUUGACUUUAAUUUUGUUGUUUAAAAGUUCUUUUUACUGUUUUUAACCAUCAAAAUUAUAUUAUCAAAUCUCUUGGAUUUAUAAUAUAUAAAUUAAUUUGAAAGUGAACAUAACUAGAUGAUUAUAUGUUCUUAAAGUAGGCCAUAAGUUCUAUUUAUACUGAGCAGGUUAAACUGUAUUUGACACUCGUAUCAUGCUACAUCAACUAAUAAAUUGGAAAUUAUCAUGUCAUAUUUACAUAUUUGUUAAACAAUGCAGAACAAGAAAGCAUAUCCAGUGAAUUACUCACCUUGAUUCUCCAGAUUAAUUAGUGAGACCUAGGAAAAGAAUAAAAAUGUCUUUUGCCUCAUUCAGUGAAAAUGAAUACUGUAAUUCUUGUGUACACUGGAAUCUAAAUUUUACAGG